UUUUUUGCUGCCUAUGCUGUUUUUAAUAUUUUUACCUCGAACAAGGAUAACCUUUAACACUACGAAUCCCUUUAAAAGAGUUUGGAUUUCAAGAAGAAUUCACAUAAUCUCUCACACCUCCAGUGAGUGUCAUUAGUUAGCCAACCAACCAAUCAAUCGAUUAAAAAAAAUGAAGACUAUAAUUUUGUUAGGCAUGUUGAUUAGUGCAAUCACAUGUAAUGUUGUAAAUACCGAAUCUAACGAUGCUGCACCAAGUCUCGAAAAAAAUCGUUUUUUGACCAGAAUGCCAUUCAUUUCGUUUGUUAGUACAACAGUCGAUAAACAUCCUUAUCAAGCGUCCAUACAAUAUAGCGGAAGACAUAUUUGUAGCGGCGCAAUCAUUUCUAGUCAAUACAUUUUGACUACAGCUCAAUGUGUUGAUCGGAGAUCUCUUGAUCUGUUGAGUGUUCGCGUCGGUACGACCGAAUACAAUCGUGGUGGACGAACAGUUUUGGUUAGUUCAAUCGAAAUAAAUCCCGCUUAUAAUGCUAGAACGAAUGACUACGAUAUAUCCAUUUUAAAACUAGCAUCGUCCCUCGCCUUUUCCACUACGAUAAAAUCAAUUGACAUGAUUGCUGCCGAUGAGGAUGUGGAACCUAUGACUGAAGUCAUCGCGAUAGGCUGGAAUAGUGCGACCCAUGACGAUAUGAGCUCUAACGAAUUAGUUAUCGUUUCGGAAAAGGAAUGUCGUCGUUUGUACGGAUUAAAUGCCAUCACGCCAAAUAUGAUAUGUGCAGGCGGUGGAAACGACGGACUUAGCGGUGGCGAAGAUACUUGUCUCAUUGAACCAGGUACAAACUUGAUUUUGGAGAAAACCACUAAAGAUUCAGCUGGAGUAACGUCUGUCAAACCGAUAUUAAUUGGUUUAGCCGCUUGGGGAUACGGAUGUACACGUUCGCAAUAUCCGUACGUUUACACAUCAAUUUCUAGCAAUCGAGAAUUUAUUCGCAAAACGAUAUCUUAAAAAGAAUGCAAUCUAAUCUAUUUUUAUUGUUGUUGAUGAUGUUGUUGACAUCGUGAAAUAAAUCUCAUGUGUCUUGAAAAAAGAAA